AUGCCUGCAACACAGGGACCUACAGUACAGAAUGGUACAACACAGACACCUACCACACAGCUGGGACAGACAACAAAGGGUUUUGUAACACACACAAGAUCUGUGACUAAAGCUGUUACAACACCGGCAAGAACUACGGUGAAAUCAUCAACGCUGUUUCCGAUGUCUUCAACGCCCUCUCAGACAUUUGGAAGUGUCACGAUGACGGGAAGUCCAACGAUGACCAUGAGUUCGGUAUCACCUUCGAUGUCGCCUUCGUUCAGUUCACCGGCAUUUGUAUCAAUGACGUCUUCUGCUCUACCGUUUACGAGUAGUCCAGCUCCGUUGAAGUUGGUAUCUUCAUCCCCUGGAGGGUCACCGUCGGGACCUUCAGCAGCUUCACCAACUGGUGGGGUGACGUCUACUGGAGGAGUUGUGUCACCUUCUGUAAGCAAUGCUUCACCGAGUGGCUCACCAACUGGAGGUAACACUGUAACUGGGUCAGGUCAGCCGACCUUAACUGGAGGUGCAACUGUAACCCCGACUGGUCAAACCCUGCAAUCGACGCUAACUGCAGGACAGACAGGAACUAUCCCAUCUUCAGUUUCUCCAGGUAGGACGGUGCCACCGACGAUUCCUGGUACCGGGGCUCCAUUAACAACUAAAACAAAAGCUCAAACUACUGUAGGGAUGUCAACAAACGCAGGGCAAACCCAACCACCUACACCUGGACAGACUGGACAAAGUACACAAGAGGUGCGCCAUCUACAGGACCACCAUCACCAGCUCCUAUAA